AUGAAGAUUGUGGAUAAGUUUAAUGACCCGACUGGAGGAGACUUUAUCUUCAUGUUGAGCAGUAAAGCAGGUGGAUGUGGCCUUAACCUCAUUGGUGCCAACCGUCUAGUAAUGUUUGACCCCGACUGGAAUCCAGCCAACGAUGACCAGGCCAUGGCCCGAGUGUGGCGCGACGGACAAAAAAAGAAGUGCUUCAUAUAUCGUCUUCUAGCCACUGGAAGUAUAGAAGAAAAGAUCUUCCAGCGGCAAGCUCAUAAAAAGGCCUUGAGCAGUUGUGUGGUAGACUGUGAAGAAGACGUCCAGCGGCAUUUCUCGGUUUCCGAAUUACGGGAACUUUUUAUUUUUAAUCAAAAUACAAUGUCGGAUACUCACGACAAGUUUAAAUGUCGUAGGUGUGUGAAUGGCAUCCAGGUAAAGCUGCCGCCCGAGGAUGCAGACUGUAAUUGUGAUUUGUCACUGUGGCAUCACUGCCAAGAUAAAAAAGGAUUAGAGGAUCCUAUAUUACGACAGUGUUGGCCAUCUGGUAUCUCUUUUGUCUUCUACCAAAGAUCACAUGAACAAAAGAAAGUACCUUAGUUAUGUAGUCAAACCUGCAUUGGUAAUUUUUUCUAGUGCUCCUUCAGAAACAUUUACAUCUCAAAAGCAAUUAACAUUCCUAGGUAGCUUCCACAUGAGAUCAUCCUGUCAAGGAUAAUUUUAUUGAUAUACUGUAGUGUGGCUUCAAACUGAUUGUACACAUUCCAAGGAAGAACAUUUUGCAGAGUGUAGUUCUCUAGAAUAUGACUGAAAAUUAAACACCCAACCCACACAUAUGAAAAGAAAGGAAAGUGACAACAUUUUGAUCCAUCCUGGUCCUUAUUUUACCUGACUUGAUUAGGGUCCAUGAUGAAUGGAAACAUCAUUUCUUUCCUUUCUCUUCACGUGUCUGGAUUGGGUGUCCAAAGAACACUGUAUUUAUUAAUGAAUUAAAUCUCUUAUUUAUAUGUUAAAUAAUUUAGGGGGGAAACAAGGGUUUGUGUCAUACAUGUUCAAAGCAUUCACCGCUAGCGUCUAGGCAUGGGUGACACAUCCUUGAGUGAAGGUGUAUGAAGUGAUAGGUGCACCAGAUUCCUCGGCUUCACACACCUAUAUUCUAGGAUUGUAGCUGAUUUUGUACUUUUAUUGUCUUUUGGUAACUCUACAAGUAAAAUUUCAAAAUUAGCCUCUUUUUUUUAUUAUUAUUAUCUUGCUUUCAUGUGUUAGAAAGAAUAUACUAUAUUGCCUUGUAAAUAUAUAUUAGUUGUUGGUUCCCAUUACUCAUUCAUCAUUAUUAUUAUUGCCACUUUUUGCCAGAUAAUGAAUGAUGAAUCAUUCAAAUGGUUCCUCAUUCAACAAGUUAGCAGCAUUGCCAUUUUAAAAGUGUGGCAGUAGUUGAUUUAUAAUGCAAUUAUUCUGCAGUCAAAACAGACCUUUUAGUUUCGUAAUUUUCCUUCAGCAGCUUGACGUUAAAGUUCAUUUUUCAUUCUCUUAUUCUUUCCAUUAGUCUCAAAAUAUUAUAUAUAUUUUUUUUACUGUAUAGUUUUGUAUCAGAAUCAGAUCUCUGAGAAUGUCUUAUUUUGUCAUUUUGUCAUGUAGCUUAUGAAUGUAAAUACUGUAUAGUACUCUUUAUUUAUUUACGUGAUAAACAAAUAUAUAUUAGUGGGAACACAAUGAAUUAAAAAAAAAGUAUGAUAUAUCCAAAUAUUGAGGUCUGAAAAUAUUCAGGGACACAGGUUUGGUCCCAUCAAACCGGAAAUUCCCCAGGGUCACGUAGUCGAUAAUGGGUGUGCAUGUGGAGUUCAGGGGCCAGAUUCACGAAAGCACUUACGCAAGCACUUACGAACGUGUACAUCUUUCCUCAAUCAUUGACGGCUUUGGUUACAUUUAUUAAAC